AUGCUCUUUUGUCGAGCACGGUUCUCCGUACUGUUCACAAAAGGCCCGGUUCACCUGCACAACUUUACGCCAAGGCACGCUUCCAAUUGGUCACGACAUUCAACAUUCCCUUCCUUCUUCUCUCGCACUCCCAUCCCUCGUUUCUCUCUCGGGCGUCGAGCGUUAUGGAUAAUACCGUUGGCGGGCGGGCUCACCCUUUAUAUGACUCCAAGACCGAAAUCUUUACUUCCAGGCCUCUUUUCCUCUCCGACCCUAAUACCAUGUCCUCCGCAGAGGAAGACGAUUUCACCGACCAUCUUUUCGCCUUCGGAGAUGGAUAUGACAAUAACCUCUCGUAUUAUGUCGUUCAUCCGCCACCGGAUAUGGGAGCCACUGCUGACAGCACGACGUUUCGUACAUCUCCUGGUACUCUUCAUGCCAGUGCUUUUAUCCGCACCUAUGCUUCUUGUCGGCUCUCCGGAGAAACGAUUGAAUGGCGACAGGUGGGGUGCCGUGUGGUGGUAUGACUUUCUUGUCACAAAGAUGGAGGCAGCUGGACCAACCUUCACUAAACUUGCACAAUGGGCUGGGUCUCGUGCUGAUCUCUUUCCUUCCGAACUGUGUAAGAGAUUCGGCCAACUCCAUUCCAGCGGCACUCCCCAUCCAUUAGAACACACCAAGAAGGUUAUUGCUGACGCUUUCCGCAGACCCUUCAAUGAGGUAUUCGAAGAGUUUGACGAGACCCCCAUUGGAACAGGUGCCAUUGCUCAGGUCUAUCGAGCGACUCUCAAGAAAGAUCUCCUCCCUCCCUCGUACCUUGGACCUCGCCGUCCCAGAAAGUCACAUCCUGGUGCAAUCGUCGCUCCUGCCCUCCUGCAAGACCCUCCUCCUUCUGUUCCUACGGCUGCGGUGGCAAUAAAAGUCUUACAUCCCCGUGUGACGAAGACUAUCACACGGGAUCUUUCCAUCAUGACCUUCUUCGCAAAAGUCCUCACGCUGUUUCCCGGUAUGCAAUGGAUAUCUUUACCAGAGGAGGUCAAGGUCUUUGGCGAUAUGAUGUUCCAACAGUUGGAUCUUCGUCAUGAAGCAGAGAAUCUCUUGACGUUUGAAAGCAAUUUUUCACCUCGGAAAGUCCCAGUCACCUUUCCUCGGCCUCUGAAAGUAUGGUCGACGAAGGAUCUAUUGAUUGAAGAGUUCCAGGAUGCUCUGCCGAUGGAAUGGUUCUUGAAAAAUGGCGGCGGACCUUACGAUGAGCAGGUUGCGACUGUAGGGCUAGACGCGUUCUUGAACAUGCUUCUUCUGGACAACUUUGUGCACUCCGACCUCCAUCCGGGAAACAUUAUGGUCAAGUUCUCAAAGCCAGCGACGGCCCGCCACCUCCUCAAAAAUGCCUUCAAUUCCAUAUGGACGUCCAUCUUCAAAUCAAGCUCCGAACUUCCUCCCACCUCUCCUCCCGACUACUCCGAUUCGAUAGAAGUGGUAUCGCGCCUGCGGAGCCUCGUCGACAGCCAGUCAGAGUGGCUGCUGGAGCUCUCCACUCUUUACAAUGACGGCUAUAUUCCUGAGAUAAUUUUCAUUGAUGCUGGCCUUGUAACGACCCUUUCUGCUACCAACCGCACCAACUUUCUCGACUUGUUUCGCGCGAUGGCGGAAUUCGACGGAUACCGAACAGGACAGUUGAUGGUGGAACGGUGUCGUACACCAGAAUUAGCCAUAGAUACGGAGACAUUCGCGCUCAAGAUGCAGCAUCUUGUGCUCACCGUCAAGCGCAAGACGUUCUCGCUCGGUCAGAUCAAGAUAUCUGACGUUCUGACAGACGUACUGAAAAGCGUUCGAGAACACCACGUAAAAAUGGAGGGUGAUUUUAUUAAUACGGUCAUUUCGAUAUUAUUGCUAGAGGGUAUUGGGCGGCAGUUGGAUCCUGGGUUGGAUUUGUUCAAGAGCGCUCUUCCGAUUCUGAGGCAGUUGGGCGGGCAGAUGGCUUCAAGAGAGGUUAUGACAAGGGACCUCCCACAAAGCGAUUUGGGAGCAUUCUUGAAAGUGUGGGUUUGGUUAGAGGCUAGGGAGUUCAUCGCGGCUGCAAUCAUAAACGCUGAUGAGAUGGUGAAAUAUGGUUGGUGA